GGGUUAGUGAGAAGCGCGCGCUGGGCCAUCGCCUCUGCCGCUUUGCUAGGAGGACUAGCGCUGGCGCCCGCUGCCCGAAAAGUCGGAAACAUUUCCUGCCUGGCACUUGACAGAAGUUUGCCCGCCCGUCACCGAGCAGGUUGAAUCUCCAGUGGAGGCGAGGGCUGGAGCACACGAGAAACGCAGCGUGCGAAAUUAUAGGAAGACAUUUUGAAAGCUAAUUAUGAAAACAUUUGUCAUUGGGAUCAGUGGUGUGACAAAUGGUGGGAAGACAACACUGGCUAAAAAUUUGGAGAAACAUCUCCCAAACUGCAGUGUCAUAUCUCAGGAUGAUUUCUUUAAGCCAGAGUCUGAGAUAGAGACAGAUGAAAAUGGCUUUCUGCAGUAUGACGUGCUAGAAGCGCUUAACAUGGAAAAAAUGAUGUCCACCGUUUCUUGCUGGAUGGAAAGCCCAAGACGCUCUCUGGUAUCAGCAGACUGGAAAAGCGAGGAAAUUCCCAUAUUAAUCAUCGAAGGUUUCCUUCUCUUUAAUUAUAAGCCCCUUGACACUAUAUGGAACAGAAGCUACUUCCUGACCAUUCCAUAUGAAGAAUGUAAGAGGAGGAGGAGCACAAGGGUCUACGAGCCUCCAGACCCCCCGGGGUACUUUGAUGGCCACGUGUGGCCCAUGUAUCUAAAGCACAGGCGAGAAAUAGAGGACAUCAUGUGGGAAAUUGUUUACCUAGAUGGAACAAAGUCUGAAGAGGACCUCUUUUCACAAGUGUAUGAAGAUCUAAGACAAGAACUAGCCAAGCAAAAAUUGUCCUGAGUGCCCUGCAAAGCCAGCCUGGAGGGAUCCUCAGCACAGCCUGCUUUAACCCUCAGUUCAGGAAUGGGCUAGUGGGAGGCCUUCCAGAUGUGUCAGUUGACUGCUCUUUAAGCUUCUCAUAACAUCUCAAACCUGCUUAACUACUUUUCCACUCUAAGCAUAUAAAAUCAUAAUUGUGAUAAAGUAGUAAUAAUGAAAGGGAAACAACAAAGAUUGAAUUUAAUUAAUAAUGAAACAAUAAAUGACCCAGGAGAGUAAGGAUAUGAAGAUAUACAGAGUAUAUUUAAUUGAAUCCUUAUUUAAAUCCAGACUUUGAAACAAAAUUGAAUCAUUACCUAUUCUUACUAUAACAAAGCAGUCUAGCCACCAGCAUCAUUUAAACUUCCUUUAAGAAUGUUUCUUUUCACCCUAGCCAGUUUGGCUCAGUGGUGAGAGUGUUGGCCAGUGGACUGAGGGGUCCUGGGUUCGAU